AUGAGUGCCCCAGGUCCCUCGCCGAUCCCCAAGCCCAUUCCGGGAGCCCAAGCUCGCACCGCCGCUAACAUUGCGGGGUCCCCCGCGGGCCGCGGCGCCGCGUCUCCCGCCGGAGCGUCCUACCGGCGACCGUCCACCAACGGCUAUAGCGUCGGCGCCGACGACAACAACUGGCGCUCUCGCGACAACAAGGAGGGCACCUCGGUCCCCAAGGGCCGCGGCCCGGAGCGCACUGUCGGCGGCUUCGAGAAGCACGAGGUCCGCGCCGCUGGUGGCGGCACGUCCGCUCUGUCUACGUCCAAGGGCAAGGGAGAGGUCAAGUCUCUCAGCCAUGUCCCGUGCCGCUUCUUCAAAGCCGGUGCUUGUACUGCCGGCUCCAGCUGUCCCUUCUCCCACGAAGUCGGCGGCAAGAAGGAAGUCUGCCAGUGGUUCUUGAAGGGAGAGUGCAAGUUCGGCCACAAGUGUGCUCUCGCCCAUAUUCGCCCGGGCGAGCCGAUGUCGAUGGACCGACGCAACAAGAAGGAGCAGCAGCGCGAGGCUCGUGAAAAGGCGGACCGCGACAGGGGUGAGGGCGGUACGUCGUACAAGGAGGCUCGUUCGCUCGGCGACGACCUCGGUACGUCGCCCGUCACGAGCACCAGCGCGCGGUCUGCUGCGGUUCCGACCUCGAACUCGAACCCUGUUCCGAUCAGGUCAGCAAUCUCCGCCUCGCUUCAGUCUGGCUCCGCCCAGUCGCCCGGUCGACUCGCUUCGUCGCCCCUGCGCGAGCCGUAUGGACCCCCCGCUGCUGUCGUCGCUGGCUCGCCGUCGGCCGGCUUCAACCAGGCUCGCUCGAUCUCUGGCGUCGCCGGGUUCGCGUCCUCGCCCAGCCGUCCCUCCCCGCUCUCGACCUCGUUUAACGCGCGCGGCACCACGUUUGUCGCUGGCUCGCUCAAGGCCAGCGCCGCCAUUGCCCACUCGCCCCUGCGACCUCCCCCUCCCUCUGGCGCGUUCUCGAGCUCUUUCUCCUACUCCAACCUUGGCGGUGACAAGCCCGGCACCCCUCUGUCUGCCUCGUUCGCCGGUGGCCGCAGCAUCUGGACCCGGUCAGAAACGCCAGACGAGCCGCUCAGCCCCAGGCGCCGCCCGGUGCUUCCCCCGACCACGACCGUUGUGGACGACGAGGGCGUGUUCGAAGCGGACGACGAUCAUGGCGAGGAUCUCCUGCCCUCGAGCUUAUCGGACCUUUUGACCCCGACCGAACGCGCGCGUCGUAUGUCGCGCCACGACAGCCGCGACGGUGCCAUUGUUGGUUCCCCGAGCCGUGCGCCGUUUGCAAACCCGCACCAAUACGUUGGAGCGGAGCGUCUGGCGCAGUCGGCGGGUGCCGCGAUCCACUCGGGCGGUUUCCUGCAAGCUCUCUGGUCGCAGGACGGCAAGGACGCACGUACCACUGGUGGAGAAGCCAAGCCCUCGACGUCGUCUGGUUCUUCCUCGCAGAACGAGGCUGCCGGACAGCAGGGAUCCCAGCGCGCGUCGCUUCUGUCGCAGCAGCGCAGUCCCGACAAGCGAUCGUCGGCCAACAUUUCGCCCGCCGUCGACGCGCCGUACCUUGUCCUGGAUCUGGUCACGGAUCCGAACUCGCCGUCGGCGCGCGCGCUGCAGGAGCACGCGCCCGGCCAGUCGUUGCCUGGUGGUCUCGCGGCCGCGCUUUCGCGCAUGCACAUGCAGCCGCGUGCGACGUCGGGACUCGCGACCCCCGGAUCCAAAGCCGACUCGUCUGCGACAACGCCGCCUGGCUACAACGCGCAGCUCUCGGGUGGACGUCGCGACGACGCCGACGACGAAGGCCUCUUCCACAUGGACGGAUAA